GGUAUAAAGAAAUGCCGGCCCAUAUUCAUAUUUGCCCUUUCAAAUCUCUUCCUCCCUGUCUGCAAUUUCUGUCGCCGGCGGCGAUCUCUUCGUCCGCUUGUCGGAUUUCCGACUAUCCUUCUUAUCCGCACUUCCCUCUCCUCUCUUUAUUAUUUUAUUAUGUUUUAAACCAUAUCCAAAAUCAAAACUCCAAAAAAGAAAAUCUUUCGUAAAAAACUCAAAAAAUUCAUGUACGGUUUGAUUUUCUUUCUUUUUAUCUCAAUUGAUUGAAUUGUUUUGCUGCGAAUAAGAAGAGGAGAGGGAAGUGAAAAAGCACAAAAAAAUUUUAAAAAUCAUCUGUAGAAGUUCCAGUUUAUCUUGGGUUUUGAACUAGGAUGGCACAGGUUCAGGCACAACCUCAGGCUGGGAACUCCACUGGUGGAGUGAACCAGUUUGUAACGUCACUUUAUGUCGGCGAUCUGGAUUUCAACGUCUCCGAUUCGCAGCUGUACGAUAUUUUCAAUCAGCUCGGCCAAGUGGUCUCUGUUAGGGUUUGCAGGGAUUUGACCAGCCAGCGAUCUCUCGGUUACGGCUAUGUGAACUAUGGCAACCCUCAAGAUGCUGAUAGAGCAAUGAAGAUGCUGAACUUCACUCCUCUCAAUGGAAAGCCCAUCCGGAUAAUGUAUUCUCAUCGUGAUCCAACUUCACGUAAAAGUGGCGCUGGAAACAUAUUUAUUAAGAAUUUGGACAAGGAUAUUGAUCACAAAGCACUGCAUGAUACCUUUUCUGCAUUUGGGAACAUCCUAUCAUGCAAGGUGGCAACUGAUGCCACCACCGGGCAGUCUAAGGGGUAUGGGUUUGUGCAAUAUGACAGUGAGGAAGCUGCUCAAAAUGCUAUAGAGAAGCUCAAUGGCAUGUUGUUGAAUGAUAAGCAAGUGUUUGUAGGACCUUUUGUACGCAAGCAAGAACGUGAUUUGAAUGGGGAAAAGUCAAAGUUCACCAAUGUUUUCGUGAAGAACUUAGCUGAAUCUACUACUGAAGAGGAACUCAGGAAUGUUUUUGGCGAGUUUGGUACCCUCACAAGUGUAGUUGUUAUGAGAGACGAUGAUGGGAAAUCAAAAUGUUUUGGAUUUGUCAACUUUGAGAAUGCAGAUGAUGCGGCUAGAUCAGUGGAAGUGCUUAAUGGCCACAAAUGUGAUAAUAAAGAGUGGUUUGUUGGAAGAGCUCAGAAGAAAUCUGACAGAGAGGUUGAAUUGAAACACCGUUUUGAACAGAGUGCAAAGGAGGCAGUCGACAAAUCACAAUGUUCCAAUCUCUAUAUAAAAAACCUAGAUGAUACUAUUGGUGAUGAGAAACUCAAGGAAUUAUUCUCUCCAUUUGGCACAAUUACUUCAUGCAAGGUAAUGCGGGAUCCUAAUGGUGUUAGCAAGGGAUCAGCUUUUGUUGCAUUUUCAACUGCUGAUGAUGCAUCUAAAGCGUUGGCUGAGAUGAAUAGUCAGAUGAUCAAUGGCAAACCUUUGUAUGUUGCCCUUGCACAACGAAAAGAAGAUAGACGUGCACGAUUACAGGCUCAGUUUUCUCAGAUACGCCCGAUUGCAAUUGCACCUUCAGUUGGUACUCGUAUGCCCAUGUAUCCCCAGGGUCCCCCAGGUUUAGGGCAACAAAUAUUUUAUGGCCAGCCACCACCUCUCCUUACUCCACAACCUGGUUUUGGGUAUCAGCAGCAGCUUGUCCCUGGUAUGAGGCCUGCUGGGGGGCACAUGCCAAAUUUCUUUAUGCCGCUUGUUCAACAAGGUCAGCAAGGUCAGCGUCCUUCAGGCAGACGUGGAGGGCCGGGUCCACUGAUGCAACAGCAGGGACAGCAACCAGGUCCACUGAUGCAGCAGCAGAUGAUUCAUAGAGGACGUGGUGGAUAUCGUUACUCAGCAGCUGGCCGUGGUGGUAUUUCUGAUGUUUCUAUCCCUGGUGUAGCUGGAGGCAUGUUCUCUGUCCCUUAUGAUAUGGGUGCUCUUCCUAUUCGCGAUUCAGGGUUGGCUCAACCACCGCCAAUUGGUGCUUUAGCCACUGCUCUUGCUAAUGCUUCUCCUGCCGAUCAAAGAACGAUGUUGGGUGAGAAUUUAUACCCACUGGUGGAUCAGCUGGAGCCUGUGGCAGCAGCCAAGGUGACUGGCAUGCUUCUGGAAAUGGAUCAGACAGAGGUUCUUCAUCUGCUUGAGUCCCCCGAAGCUCUCAAGGCCAAAGUUGCAGAGGCAAUGGAUGUGCUCAGGAACGUCUCUCAGCAGCAGUCAAACAACACUGUUGAUCAGCUGGCUUCUUUGUCGCUGAAUGAUGGUCUUGUUUCUUGAGAGCAACUUAUCGGCGUUCGUCUACUUUGAAACAGAAGAAUAAUAAAAAAAAUCGCUGUUCUUUUAUUUCAUGAUUCACUUGAAUUUGGGUUGCUGGGGGAUGUGUUAGGCUUCCGAUUCUGCAUGAACCCUCUAUUGUGGGCUUUUGUUUGAAGACUUAUAGACUUGCUAUAAAUUCAUUUAUCAGGCGACAUUUGCUAUAUUUUCUUCACCUUUUGCCCUUAUGUGCCCAUCUUUUUUUGUUCCUUCUAAAAUAGAGACUAAUUAUAGAGGUGCAUUCUUGUUUGAUUAGGUAAAUGCCGGUUUGGUUCCUCCCUGGUUUCCUACAAUCUUGUUCAUGAAAUAACUGUCGUCUGUUCAUUUCAUAUUUUGGAGAGGAGUCUGGAUUUAGUUUUGUCAAC